UGUGUGUUGGUGCGUGUGAGACACACAGGACUGCCAACUAAGUGCCGAGCGGUAAAACGAACGAAAAAACAGUGCUUCAGAAAAGAAAACAAAGGGGGAAAAUUUCGCCAAUCGCAGGAAAGUCCAACAGAUCAGAUCGUUUUUGUGUGCAUAUGAGAAAACGGCAACGUCAACUCCCCGGGACAAGCUGCAAUCUGAAAUGAGAUGCAAACCCGAAGACGCCUCCAUCAAACGGACCAGCAGGAUUACAGCAGCAGUACCUAUACCAUUCAAGAGGAUCAGCAGGGAGGAGCAGGCGCAGGAUCUGGGGGAACGGGAGCAGCUGGCGGAUCGGUAGGACUCUUAGCACAGUCUUUGGUUCAACCACCGUCUGCUCACGAGGCGGCCAUCCAGAUUGGAGACGCCAACCAGUCGGGGCAAUCCCUUGAGGCAGUCGACUACUCCGACGAUAAGUACGGCAAGGCGGCUCGCCAGUGGAACCUUCGAGCCUUCUCUGGCCAGGCACUGCGCACCUUGACUGCCGCUGCCGCCGUGGUCACCGGCAAUCAACAGGGCACUAACGACAAUAGCCAAAGCAACUACAGCUACCCAGCUUCCAUUCCGACCAGUUCGCAGUUUUAUCAACCGAGGGAGGAGCACCAGGAGUCGGAACCCGAGCCGGAGAUCUUCGUCAUGGCUGCCCGCGAUCGGACGGGCGAGUUCGCCAACGCGAUUCGAUCGCUGCAGGCACGCAACAUCACCAGGGCAGUCAAUAUCCGCGAUCCCCGCAAAGCCAAGCAGGUGCAGAGCUAUUCGGAGUUCAUGAUGGUGGCCAGGUUCAUCGGCAAGAACAUAGCCAGCACCUACGCCAAGCUAGAGAAGCUCACCAUGUUGGCCAAAAAGAAGAGUCUAUUCGACGACAGACCGCAAGAGAUCCAGGAGCUGACCUACAUCAUCAAAGGCGACCUUAAUGCGUUGAACCAACAGAUCGCCCGACUGCAGGACAUCUCCAAGGACCAACGGCGUCACACGAACGGCAAACACUUGGUGUCACAUUCCUCCAACAUGGUACUGGCCCUGCAAUCCAAGCUGGCCAGCAUGAGCACGGACUUCAAGCAGAUUUUGGAGGUGCGCACAGAGAACCUCAAGCAGCAGAAGACGCGGCGUGAUCAGUUUAGCCAGGGACCAGGUCCGUUGGCUGCCCACACCGUCUCGCCGUCGACGGCUAAGCAGGGGUCGCUGCUCCUCAGCGAGGAAAAUCAAGCAGUGAGCAUAGACAUGGGAAGCAGCGAUUCAACACCGCUCCUGUCAACCCAGACACAGAUGGCCAUCUACGAUGACUCGGAUAACUACGUCCAGCAGCGGGCGGAAACCAUGCAAAACAUAGAAUCUACCAUCGUUGAGUUGGGUGGCAUUUUCCAGCAGCUGGCGCAUAUGGUCAAGGAGCAGGAAGAGAUCGUGGAGCGUAUUGACACGAAUGUGGCGGAUGCGGAAUUAAAUAUUGAGGCGGCCCACGGCGAGAUCCUGAAAUACUUUCAGUCCGUCUCCAAGAACCGCUGGUUGAUGAUCAAGAUAUUCGGCGUUCUUAUAUUCUUCUUCCUGUUCUUCGUUGUUUUUAUGUCGUAAUCAAACGCCAGUUGCCCAUUAAACGCCCCAUGUACCUACCCAUGUA